AUGGAUCCACUCAAGUACAUCCUUCAGAAGCCAAUGACUACAGGUAAAUUGGCAAAAUGGAAAAUUUUGUUGAGCGAGUUCGCCAUUGUGUAUGUGACACAGAAAGCCAUCAAAGGACAAGCCUUGGCUGACCACCUCGCAGAAAAUCCAGUGGAUCAAGAUUACAAGCCACUCAAAACUUACUUCCCUGAUGAAGAGGUGUUGUUUGUAAGAGAAGACAUAUCAGAAUCAUAUGAUGGUUGGAGGAUGUUUUUUGACCUAGCAUCAAAUUCAAAAGGAGUCAAAAUAAGAGCAGUCUUAAUUUCAAAAACAGGUCAAUAUUACCCAAUUUCAGCCAAGAUUAGGUUUGAUUGUACAAAUAAUAUGGCAGAGUAUGAAGCUUGUAUUAUCAGACUUAGAAUGACCGUAGACAUGAACGUCAAAGAGCUUUUGGCCAUAGGCGAUUCUGAGUUAGUGGUUCAUCAGGUGCAAGGAGAAUGGGCUGCUAAGAAUUCAAAGAUCCUUCCUUAUUUGCAUUGCAUAACGGAGUUGAAAUUAAUCAUAACAGAUAAUGCGACCAAUCUCAACAGCGAUCUUAUGAAGGAAAUUUGUGAUCGAUUUAAUAUUGCUUAUCAAAAUUCCACAACUUAUCGGCCACAGAUGAAUGAAGCAGUUGAAGCUGCAAACAAGAAUACCAAAAAGAUUUUAAGGAAGAUAGUGGAUAGUCAUAGACAAUGGCACGAGAAGUUACCAUAUGCUCUGCUCGGUUAUCGUACCACAAUCAGAACUUCCACUGGGGCAACUUUUAUAUAUUGGUUUAUGGUUCAGAAGCAGUAA